AUGAGGCAACAGUCCAUCAUAAUCAUUGCUGAGAAAGUAGAAGUGUUUGGUGACUACUUAGGAACAGGAUCAGAUGCUGAAGUAUGGUUACAAAGACUGGUGUUAAUGUCUGCACCCUGGCCAGGACCAUUGUACAAGACCAAACAAAUCACAACAUUAGAUACAACAGUUAACAGUACAUAUAUCGCAGAGAAGACUAAAGCAGAGUAUGAGAGAGAACUAAUUGAGCACCUCAUGUCAGAUGCAGAGGUAGGAAUGAAAACUACCUUGCAUGACAGAGAGUGCUGGACACAUGAAGCUUGGGCAGCCAAAGUGUUACAGCUAGCCUCAAGAGCAGGAAUCAUAGCAAGCACCUUGAUGAUCUGGCAGGUCAGAGGAUGGCUGCCCAGCAUCAUUAAAGACUUGCUGAAAGCUGACAAAUAUGUGGACUGGGCUGUGUUUAUGACAGAAGUCAAGGAGCUUAAGGGAAAUAGAGUCCUAGAAAAGAAAGAGCAGCAUAGCAGGCAGGAGCACAAAAACCAGUUCAUACAUAUGACCAUCAACUCCACAAAAGCACCCAGUGUACCUUUGAGCAACAAUACCAUCAUGCACAUGCCUACCCUCCAAGCAACUCAACACCUGCAGCCUAUGUUUAGCAGGCAACCAGCAUCAGCUCCUCAACCUCUCAUGAUAAUGGAGGACCUUAAGAAUGCAACCUGA